AUGGACGAGUGUGGAUUUCCGACUGUCUCGACCAAAGCCAUCAAAGUCAUUGCACGAAGAGGCAAAAAACGUGUUGGCACAUCUACGUCUGCUCAAAGAGGCUCAAAUGUGUCUAUGGCUUUAUCCGUAAGCGCCGUGGGCCAAUCCAUUCCACCUUACUUUCUUUUCCCGAGAAAGAAUAUGAAGGAAACAUAUAUGACGCAUGCAGGCCAAGGAGCUGUUGGUAUUGCAAAUGGCUGCGGCUGGAUGACAUCUGACGAAUUCACAAAGUAUAUGGACCACUUCAUCACUCACUCGGGUGCUCGCAAAGGAUUGCCAACGCUUUUGCUGCUCGACAAUCACACAGCCCAUUUGUCCAUCGAAGCAAUCGAUAAAGCCAUCAACCAUGAUAUCACUAUGUUGUCAUUUCCCCCACAUUGUACGCACCGCAUGCAACCAUUAGAUAUCACGGUAUUUGGCCCAAUGAAGACGAUGUAUACUACGAAACAUGAUGAUUGGAAAAAGAGCAAUAUGAAAGUAACCUUUGAUUUGCACCACAUUCCACUAAUCGUCGACCAAUGCCUUGAUUUGUGCGUCACACCGAGGAACAUUAAAUCCGGAUUUAAAUCCAGCGGCAUUGUACCAUUCAAUCGAGACAUUUUUACUGAUGUUGAUUUCAUUGCUUCAAAAACCAAUGAAGAAAAUGAAAGUGAUGAUGAAGACGAUGAUCCAGAAACCUAA